AUCAUGACGCAUUCUCAAGUGGCUCCUUCAUUCAAGCGGAAAUUCAGGGCGAUGAGUCCGCGGGUUCCGGUUGCUCGCGAUCUUCGGGUCGCCGGUGCGUGAACGAUCGCGGUGUCGCCGUGAGAUCCGGUCGGAGGAGGAUCGGAGGAAGGAUCAGGAGAGAGGGGAAUGUCGGUCACUGGGCCUCUCCUCUCAACGACUACUCGGUGCCACGCUCGUGCCCCGAAGCCGUCUAGGGAGGGCAUCGUUCGUAUGGAGAUUUCCCUACCUCUCUCCUCCAUUGUUCGUCUUUCUCUCUAUUCGUUCUCUAACAUUCCUCAUGUUUCCAUUGCCUUUCUUCACGAAUGCAACGUUCCGGGUCAAUACACGCCGCUAACGAACAGGAAUUGAAGAGUUCUUCUUCACACCAUCGAGGGAUGUCCGAAAGAAUGCGGGAUAGAAGCGUCACAAAAGUGCGCGUUUGCGUAUCACCGCGCGAGUUUCCACGCCGGCGCGGCGCGACUCGGCCGCGAAUACCGCGAGUACCGUAAAGGUGAAUAAGCGGGUCGCACGAGGAUCGGAUUCCUCGCCUAGCAGAGAACCCGGACUACAUUAUUAAUUUCCAACACGUGCGCGCUGGAAUUAAACGAUUGACGAUUUAUUCGGCAAGAGAGGGACAGAGAGGACAAAAAGAGAAGCAACGGGGAAAAAAGAUAUAGCGGCCGGCUCAAAAAUUACUUGAUGCGCUGAGGAUGCGCCGUGAUUUCUGCAACGGUGGGCUUGCCUGCGCCGUUGUGUGGGUGUCGUCGACCUGCCUGCUGCUCGUUCUCUCGCUGUCGUCAUCGAUCACCGCAGAACCAUCGCUAAGGGCCGGUCGAUGUCCGUCCUUGGACGAGCAGAACGUGUGUCCAUCGCGGUCGCCAGCCUGCGACAAUGAUUCCCAAUGCCAGAGGAACGCGCCGGAGGAACGUUGCUGCAGGACCGCGUGUGGCUUCCGGUGCGUCGCGGGCCAAUUGACCGGAUGCGAGCAACUGGCGUUGGCGGCCGUGAGGCGAUCGCGGGCCCUCGGCGCCGAGGGCCUGUCGCAGUUCGUGCCGCGAUGCGACAACGAGACCGGCGAAUUCGAGAGGAUACAGUGUAACCCGCAGGGACGCGGCUGCUGGUGCGUCGACGAGAUUGGCGCCGAAAUCCCCGGCACCAGGGCGCUCAACAAGAAUGACAUCGACUGUGACAAGCCCCGCGUCUGUCCGGCUCAUAGUUGUCGUAUGCUCUGCCCCCUGGGAUUCGAGAUCAACGAAAAUACUGGCUGUCCCAAGUGCGAGUGUCGGGAUCCUUGUCGCAGUGUCACUUGUCCGGGGAACGGACAGACAUGCGAGUUGAUCGAGAUGAGUUGCGCUCGGCCGCCGUGUCCUCCAUUACCCAGCUGUCGGAAGGCCAAGUCUCUGCUGACGAUCUGUCCGGUGGGUGAACCUUUGCAAAUCACCGAUUCGCCGCGGCCGUUCCUCUGUGGCGACACACCGGGCAAGCCGACCUGUCCACCGAUGUACAGCUGCCUGGUGGAACCUGGACAAGAGUACGGAGUCUGUUGUCCGUCCAACGUAAACCUGCAGCGAACUGGCUCGUGUCCCGUGGAGGAGCCGGCGAAUUCAGCAUGCGCACCCAGCUGUCGCUACGAUCUCGAGUGUCCUGGACCCCAAAAGUGUUGCAGCAGCGAGCGUUGUGGCGGUAACGUGUGCGUGAUACCCCGGGGACUCAGCGUGUGUCAUCGUGAUCGCAUGCUCGCCGAGAUACUCAGCGUCUCCGAGCGCCAAGGCCGCGGUUAUGUUCCACAGUGUAGAGAAGAUGGAGGUUUCGAGACGAGGCAGUGCUCGAGGAACGGUCUUGUUUGCUGGUGCGUGGACGACGAGGGUAGAAAGAUAUCCGGUUCCAUGGGUCCCUCCAAGAAGAUUGACUGUAGAUCGAUAAGCAAGGCGCGCUCGCUUCCGGCGUCUUGCACCCCUCAGCAAUGCGCUCAGGUUUGCCAGUACGGCUUCAAAACGGAUGCCUUCGGUUGCCCGACUUGCGAAUGCGACGAUCCGUGCGAAGGAUUUCCCUGCCCCGAAGGACAAGAGUGUACUCUAAAACGAGAGAACGGCUGUCCAGAUUUUCUUUGUCCAACAAAACCGGAAUGUAAACCCAGGAAGACCUACAAAAGUCCUUGCCUCUUUGGCACGCCUCUGAUCGAUCAGAAUGGAAAUGCUAUGACUUGCUCCGCUAACGAAACUUGUCCCAACAAUUACAAGUGCACGGUGGUACCGGAAGCUGGUCAGUCGGUGUGCUGUGUCGAAACAUUAAGUUCUGCAAAGGCACCCACAAUGUGCGAGUAUCUGCGAGAUUUCAACGAUCGCAUGGAGGGAACGAGGGAAGGAAUGUCUCUGGCAAUCCCGGCGCCUCAGUGCGAACAGGAUGGCAGCUUCAAAUCUCUGCAGUGUCACAACAGCACAGAUUGCAACUGCGUGAAUCAUCGCGGAGUGAUCCUGAAGACCGGAGUAGGUCCCACUGCCUCGGCCGAUUGUAAUGCCAUCAAAGAGCUCACGCGAAUCUGCAAGCAUCUCUACUGCAACUUGAUCUGUCCAUAUGGUUACGAGGUAGACGCGGCCGGUUGCGAGCAAUGCCGUUGUCACGAGCCCUGCCGCGAUAUCACUUGCGACCCGCAAAAGACCUGCACGAUGAUCGACGUGAAUUGCGGUCCUGAUCAGUACUGUCCAGCGGUACCGGCUUGCUUGACGACCAAGCCAGGCCAGUGCCCGUACCUCGUGCCAAGCUCGUCGAGCUGCGAACUACAGUGUAGCAAUGAUCAGGAAUGCCCGUCCGGAGACAAAUGUUGCUCGACUGGCUGCGGCACGCAGUGCGUGGCGCCCGUCAUGGCCACGGCCUGCCAGCACGCCCGUGCAGUCGCUGAACACGCCGCCAGAGAAUCGGGCGAGCCCGCUAGAAGAAUCUAUAUACCUAGAUGUGACACCAACGGCGUCUUCGAGCCGGUUCAAUGUCACAACGGCGUGUGCUGGUGCGUGGACGAAGAGGGCAAGGAAGCAGCGGGCACCCGAGUUCUCGAAGGAAUCGUACCGCGUUGCAAUACUCCUUUAAGAUGUCCAGAGAUUGAUUGCAAACUUGAUUGUCCGGAUGGCUUUGAGCUCGACGCGGACACCGGCUGUCCGACAUGCUUGUGCCGUGAUCCGUGUCGUAGCGUGACGUGCCGGGGCGAGAACGAGGCGUGCAGAAUGGUGGAAGUGGCGUGCAGCGCACCUCCGUGUCCUCCUGUGCCCGUUUGUCUGCCGAAGAAAGACAAUCCGUGCCCGAACGGUUCACCCUUGAUCGAGCAGAACGGCUCGGUCGCCACCUGCGGUCCUCACGGUCACCAUUGUCCCUCGACGCACAAGUGCGAGCUGUCACCGUUGGACGAGUACGCGGUAUGUUGUCCGAAACCGCGUGAUGUAUGCUUCGAGCUACCGAGGCGAGUACCGUGCAAUCCGAGUGCGGGCCUCAACGAGACCGAGAGAUGGUUCUUUGAUCCGGAACGUAACGAGUGCCGGCAAAAGCACGACUGCACCCUGGGCCACAACGAUUUCUCCAGCCGGCUGGUAUGCGACACCGUCUGCCCCGUAUUAUCGCAAUGUGAGAGGCUGCGCGAGAAGAAUCUCAAGAGAUCGCAGAGGCUUAAGCAACCCACCUUCUUACCCAAAUGCAAUUCCGAUAGCGGAACGUGGGAACCGGUGCAAUGUUUGGAGCACGUCGGUGUCUGUUGGUGCGUCAAUCGCAAAGGUCAGCCGAUCAAAGGUUCGCUCAUCAGAGGCACCGAGCCGAAAUGUAAUUUCCGCCAAGCCAGACGAGGCAGCAGAGGACCGCAAGAAAUAGAUCGUGAGAUUCAAGCGAUCAUGGAAAACGCUUUGCUAGACUUGGAAAUGGACGAGCGACGAGCGGGGAAGAUUCUCGGGACCAGAUGUCAAGCGAUGAAAAACAAAGGCCACGUGCCGACGAUAUGCGAUCCUCAGGGUAGAUUCGAGCCUACGCAGUGCGCCGGCGAUACUUGCUGGUGCGUCGAUGAAGCCGGUAAUCAGCUGAUCGGCUCCGAGCCGUUUUUGAAGGGAACAAGCAUUUGCCUCCCUACACCGGUCGAAGCUGUCGAGGUGACAUUACGUUUCCCUGGUCGGUUCCUCGCCGCGGAUGAGGCGCGAUUCGCCGAGAAGGCCGAGGAUCUUCUACACGAGCUCGGCGCGAUGCUCCGGAAGGCCGUACGAGUGGAGAUCAAUCAAGACUCGGCGAUCCUAAGCUUCGAGAUUGUCGGCGCGAAUAAAGUAGACGUGGCGUUCCAUCUGGAGGAACUCACGCGAAUCCAGCAAUUGUCCAUGCUGGGCUCGUACGCGGAUGCGACAACCUCGCGCUUCACGCAUCGGUCCACUUCCGUGGCGACGCAGAGUCGGAUGGUUGCACUGGAGCAGCGCGAGAUCCUCACGCAAGUGGAAACGCCGGUCUAUCAAACGGCCACGCUGGUGCUCGCGGCAGGAAGCGCCUUUAUUAUUAGCAGCCUCGUCAUUCUGCUGAUGCUAUAUCGUAAAAAGAUGAAAAUGAAGGAUCCUACCAAGAUGCUGCCCGUGGAUCAACACUUUCUCGCUUACAGCCAACAACCGGUUUAUGUAAUAUCGGGAACAGAACAGGAUGAAAAGGAGAAGGAAGCUGCGGCACAGCAGAUGCUAAAGGAUAUUCAUACAUCAGACACCAUUGUUGAAGGAUAAAGCGAUUUCAUGCUCUUUUCAUAUGGAUCGUUUCCACCUUGUGCGGUAGUGAUUCUUAAAUUUCUGUCUCCGAGAGGUCCUGAAAAAAAAGUCAAUUUAUAACAAGUGUAUCAUACACAGGUGCAGGGUUGUCACAAUCUAAAUCCUUUGAAACACGCGCGUUAACUUAGCUCUUCCAAGUAGUUGCGCGGUAAUCGCGAUUUAUUUUUAAUCAGUCAAUUAAUCAGCUUCGUUGAGCUGCUCUGUCUCUGUCAAAUUUUUUAUGUAAUCGAAUACAAAAAUAAAAUAUGCAAUCAUAUGCAUAUUAACUAUCUCUCUGACAUAUAUACACAUGCAAUAUAUUACAAUAUAUUGCAUGAGAUAUAUAUUGUAAUAUAUUACAUGAGAGAGAUUGUUUCUUAUCGAUUAUAAUAAUAUAUUUAGACAGAGAGAGAGAAAGAGAAAGAUGUAUGUGACAGACAGAAACUCAAGAAUUAAUAAUAAUAGCAUGAGACCCGAAUCACUGUCGUACACGGUAUAAUACAUAUAUAGUCAAAGCCGCGUCAUGUAUAUUCCACUGUCAUUUCGUACUAUAAUUUAUUGUCCAUACGAAAUUAUAGUCUAUGGACUCGACGAUCUACCGAAUGCACUGCAUGGCAUUUUUGCAGAGAUUUAAUAUUAAUCUAUUUCUAUUUAACAUGCAAAAAAUAUGUGUAUUAUAUACAUACAUGUACUCCUAUCUCGAUAUUAUUCGUUAUAAAUGUUUAUAUAUUUAUUCAACCAUUUUGAUAUAAAGUGGCUCAGAAUAUCACAUCUCUUCUAAAAUGAAAUGCAUAUAAAAUAACAAUUUUUGAAAUCAAUAAUACUUUUAUCCGCGAACGAUGAGUUUGCCGAUGGACGAUAAAUAUUUGCGAGUCGAUCGUCGAGAAACUAGACUGUUUUUAGGAACCAUUUCAUCAUUCUCGCCAGUUUUCAUCGUCUCGUCGAUGUGGAAGUCACUAACGUAAGGAUAUCCCGGCCUUGCAAAUCACGAAUACUAGGAUAUCACUGCGUUAAUACGUCGCGCGGAUGUAAAUAUUAGAUUUAUAUUGUGUUCGAUUAUUUAUAUAGACGAAUAAAGAUCGAAUCUCUCUCCUGUUUUUUCAAGAACAAGCUCUCCACUGGA